AUGCCACCAUCCCUUAAACGAAAGUCCAACCCUGAUGCCCCACAUACUCCCUCCAAACGACUGCGAACAGAUGGCCUCUUCACCCCCCGAGUGAUGGCUCCUACCGGUGCUAGUCGAUACAUUCCCCGGGCCCCAAGUUACCAGUCUUCCGCGGCAAGCCCCGCCAAGCGCAUAUCGGACGAAGAACAUGUUGAACAAGGCUUAAGCAGUAAAGUCCGAAUUCUAAACAACCGGGAAUGCCUCCAUCUCUUACCUUCACGCAAGCCAUUAUCGGUACCAGUCCCAGUGCUACAGAGGAAGAUCAAGCCUCGUAGUCGAAUCAGGAACGCUAUUAUUGCCAGACUAUCACGACGUAGAGCCAUCCUUUUACAAAAACAGAAGCUGGAGAAUAUGAUGGAGCGUAUGGAUUCCGACAAUGUAUAUUACUUCUCUGAAGGUCUCUCAGAUGACAUCAAGCUCUUCACCUCACGCAGUCCUGCCUCCUUCUCAGGUAAGUAUUGGACUCAUGGACUCUCACUCGAGAUCCUCCUCUGAUUGUUGCAUGAUAGGCUUCAGCGUAGAUAUCCCAGAUCUGGAGAUGGAUGUUGGGGAGCCAACGGAUUGUACUGCCGAAAUCACCCCGGAGAGUCCUUCUCAGCCGGCUUCCGACCCUGAGCCGCCAGUCAAAGAGAAGGUCACGACGGGGGCACUGGAAGGGGGCACUGUGAAGGGCGGGGGUGCGGACGAGGAAUUGGUCCAAGAGCGCAAGCCCAAGCCGGAAGGGAGAGGGGGGCGAGAGAAGGACUCAAUGGAGGAUGCUGAAGCCGAGCCGGAGGGAGAGAAGGAUUUGGUGAAGGAUGACGAGCCUGAGGAGAAAAAGGACGAUAAGAAGGAGGCGCCUGAAACCCUAUCAACCAAGGACAAACUUGUGAACGACCGUAUUAAGGAAAGAUUUGGGGAAGAUGGUAUGAUUUGCCUUAAUGUAAAGACAAAGAAGGCUGAAGAGGAGGAAAGUACGGCAGCGAAGAAAAGUCCUAUUAAGAAGAAGGUCAAGGUUGUCUUGCCGCCAACUCUCGAGGAGGACGAGGAAGAGGACGAAAAAGAGGCGGAAUUACCCAGGAAGCGGGAUCUAGGACCCUCCAAUCCGCGAAAGAAGGGAGAAGAGGCAGAUGAUACGUCCGGUUCGGAGGGGGAGGAUAGAGAGGGGAAGCAUAGGCGGAGAAGCUCGCGAUCUAGAAUCAGGAAGAACGAGGGUGAGGAGAGAGGAGAGGGGGAAGAGAAAGAGAGGGAGCUUGAGGCCCACGAAAAGGUGUCGCAGCGAGAGCCGAAGCAUGCAGACACCGAUCUCUCGGAUACUGAGAAGGAUGACGAUGAACUGAAGCAAGAGAAGGGAGGGGAGGCAUCUGCUCAGGUAGACAAGAUGGAAGAAGACGCAGACGCAGAGAGUGCCGGAAGCAGUGGGGAAGAUACGGACAUGAGCACCGAUGACGGGGUUCCCACUGAGACGGUAGAGUCUAUCGAGGAAGAGGAUGUGACCAUGGAUGAGGACAGUAGCGACUCGGGUGAUUCGAGAAACACUUCAGAUCAGAAAAAGGAGGUUGAAGGGGAGAAACGGGGGAAUGGUUUGUAUCACCUUACCCUACUUAGCCGAGAACUUAAUAGACUAACGGCCUAUGCAGAACAUGAGGCAGACAAUGAAGAUAAUCGGGGAUCGUCUACUAUCAUCAAGACCGACUCGAGAUCCUCUAACGAAGAGGCGAAAAAGUCAAAGCGAGUUAAGGCUCUCACUCUCUCCUCCCAAGCUGGAGAGAUAGAAGGUAUGCCUUGUGCCGGUCCCCAUCAACAUUCCCAUCUAACAUUUCCUAGUCGCCCCCACACCCAAGACACCAAGCAGCGCAGCCUCUCUCCGCUACAGUUUUUCCAUCUCCAAGACCCCAAAGUCACCUCGCUCACCCCGACUCUUCAAGCAUGAUUUAGUCCCCUCAUCUCCCCUAGGUUUCAGCACCUUCGUAAAGAAAAAGAAGACUCUACUCAAACCCGAGAUUGAAAGAGAUGCCGGUUUGUGGAUGUUGGGGAAGAGUAGUGGGCUUCAUCCCAAACGUAGACGGCAGCUCCCAUUUAACCCAGCCAGUAAGAUCCAUCCAUUCUCCUAAGUACACAUUAGCAAUCGAUUUAUUCACUAAUAAUCUGAUAGACGUUUCAAGACAUGCAUAUCGCGAUUCCGAUUCCGAUGAUGGAGAAGACAUGUAUACCCACCAUCACCACGGUUUCCAAUCAUCGCGAUGGGAAACUGGCGAAGCGGAGGACGACGACGUAUACUUGCAUCUCGGUUGGUCCUGGGAUGGCCGUGGCCGCUACAAUAGUUGGAUGAUGGAGCAUGGAGGUCCUCUGCUCGAAUUUUGCGUAAGAAAGCUUGAAGGGUUUAAUAUGGCUUGGUAAUCGAUAAGGCUGGACAACUAUAUUUUCAUUUGCUUUCUCCGGGUCGGGGUUUGUCGUGUUUCUAUCGAUUCACGGCGUACAGAAGGUUGGGAGCGUAUUGGUGAUGAUCAUGACGAUGGAUCGAUGAUGCCAAGGGAUUGCUAAGAUAUGAGGCCGGCUGACGGUUUUAAUUUUCCGCCUCUUUUAACUAUAUUUCAUUUGGUCAUUCCUCUUCCUUGGUCUGUGGGUGUUUGUGAAUAGUCUUCUGUACAAUACGGUAGGAGUCCUGGAGUGACAGGUUUGAUUUUCUGCUCGAUCAGCUAGAAUGAAUGGCAGGCCAUCACCGGCUGGAACCAAAACUGUUGCAUCGGGUCGUGCCCCAAUUAUUGAAGAGAACCAACGGAUGGUAGAUGGAAGUAAAUUAUCACAAUCCAGUUGUGGAAUGCGAGGAGAGAGCUCAAAAGUGGGAGAGUUCAUGUGGGUGGUUUUCCCUUGGACUU